AGGUGUAAUAAGCAUACACUAUUUUCAGAGAGAAAUGAAGUUUCUAAUUUGCCUACUAGCCUUCAUUCUUGGCUGCCAGGCCAUUUCUGAGGAGGCAGCUUUCAAACAAUGGGAAAAUUACCAGGAAAGAUUCAACAAAUCAUACAGAUCUCUGGUUGAACAGCGUCACCGUUUCGCUUUAUUCAAGCAGAAACUUCAGGAUAUCGAGGAACACAACAAACUCUACGACGAAGGUAAAGUUACAUGGUUUAAAGGUCUCAACCAGUUCUCCGACUGGACCCGUGAAGAAUUCCAUUCCUUCAUCAAUAAAUACAGAUAUGAAGAGUUUGUUGGAGAUGAGAAAGUUUUCAGUGGUGAAAAUAUCACCAUUCCUGCUAGCGUGGACUGGAGGAGUCAUGGGGCUGUUAGCGAAGUGAAAAAUCAAGGAACUUGUGGAUCCUGCUGGACUUUCAGCUCUACCGGUGCCUUAGAAGGUGCUGCCAAAUUAAAGAAAGGAGUGCUCCAGUCCCUAAGCGAACAGAAUUUGAUGGACUGCGCAACCCAAGAUUACGAUGGAUACGGAUGCAACGGUGGAACUUCCAUUGGAGCUUUCCAAUACGUGCGUUACCAUGGAAUCGCUUCGGAAGAGAGCUAUCCUUACACAGAAGUUCAAGGCAGCUGCAAAUCUUUCACUCCAGUUCUGUUUGCCACUGGAUUUGUGCGAGUACCACCGACUGAAGAUGAUCUCUUGAAGGCCGUUGGUUCAGUUGGACCGGUAUCAGCUGCAAUAGUAUCUACUGAUAAUUUGGCCGAUUACCAAGGUGGCAUUUUGGAUGAUCCGUCAUGCGUUGGUCGACAAGUCAAUCAUGGUGUUUUGGUUGUUGGUUACGGUUCACAAAAUGGCAACGACUACUGGAUAAUGAAGAAUUCCUGGGGUGCUGCUUGGGGUGAAUCUGGCUAUUGGAAAAUGGCCAGAGGCAAAAACUCUUGCUGCAUCGCAAAACAAGCAAGGUAUCCUCUCUUCAUAAUGAAGUUCGCGAUUUGUUUAUUAGCUGUCAUUCUCAGCUGCCAAGCCUUCUCUGAGGAAGAAGCUCUCAAGCAAUGGCAAGAAUACCAGGAGGAAUUCGGCAAAUCCUACAGAUCCCUAGUCGAACAACGUCACCGUUUCUCUAUCUUCAAGCAGAAACUCCAGGAAAUCGAGGAACACAACAAACUCUACGCCGAAGGAAAAGUCUCUUGGUAUAAAGGUCUAUCCCAAUUCUCCGACUGGACCAGGGAAGAGUUCAAUUCCUACGUCAACAAAUACAAGUUCGAAGAUUUCACCGGCGAUGAAUUGGUCUUCGAGGCCAACAAAAAUCUCACUGUUCCAGCCAGCAUCGACUGGAGGUCUAGGGGAGCAGUUGGAGUAGUCAAGAAUCAGGGAACUUGCGGAUCAUGCUGGACUUUCAGUUCUACUGGAGCUUUGGAAGCAGCCGUCCAAAUCAAAACUGGCGUUCUCAUGUCUCUGAGUGAACAGAACCUGUUGGACUGCGCCACCGACAAAUACAACAAUUUCGGUUGCAACGGUGGAACUGUCACCGGAGCCUUCGAAUACGUCAGAGAAAACGGUAUCACCACCGAGGCCAGCUACCCAUACACCGGAGUCCAAGGCACUUGCAAAGCCCCCAAGCCAGUCCUCUACGCCACUGGUUUCGUGAGGGUGCCACCAAGUGAAAACGACAUCCUCAACGCUGUCGGUUCAGUGGGACCAGUAUCAGCAGCCAUCGUUUCUACUGACAAUUUGAGCUCCUACAAAGGUGGUAUCUUGGACGAUGCCCUCUGCGCUGGACAACAAAUCAACCACGGUGUCUUGAUCGUCGGUUACGGAUCUGAAAACGGCAAGGACUUCUGGAUCCUCAAGAACUCUUGGGGCGCAAACUGGGGUGAAGCUGGUUACUGGAGGAUGGCUCGUGGCAAGAAUUCUUGCGGUAUCACCGUACAAGUCAGAUACCCACUUGUUUAAUUUGUAUUAUCGAUAUUUACUGGAACUGAUUAGUUAAUAAAUUUUUAUUGAU